AUGCUUGAACCGAGAGGAGCAGGGAACGACAAGAAGGAGGCAGCAUUGCGGAGAAUUAUUGAGGAAGCGAACGAAUUGAAGAGGAAGGAGCAAGAGUUGCGUGGUGUCUCUGGCUACACUGUCGCAAAGAGUUCUCGCACCAGUGCGACCUCUUCGCGAAGUAAAGAUGACCACAAGACAGCAACUGUAUCCAGUGCGAUCUCUAUGUAUUCUCACACUCGAAAAACUUCAGAUGGCAACAACAAUUCCAUAUCUAACGCAUUACGAGCAGCAAACGAGAAUAAUCCCUCACCUAAACGAACCAGGCCAACCUUCGCAAAGGUUGGUACUCUUCAGCCCAGUGAUUCUUCAAAUUCAUGGUCGUCAAAGCACAUUCAUUCGAAGGACUAUGUAAAAGGGACAUGGACUGCAACCCAAGCCAUGCAUUCUUCUCCACAAAUCGAGAGAAGCAAAGGUGUUCAAGAGAGAAAGUCACCCUCUCCAAGUAAUGCCACAUACAAAUCCUAUAUGGUGCUUGAGAACAAGAAAGAUUGUUUUCAAUCAAGACUGCGUCCUUCGGCAUUUUUGACGGAAGAUAGAACCCCUGCUAAACUUCCUCAUCUCAAAGAAGGAAGACAGUACAGUCCAUCUCAAGAGAAAAAAGAAGAAACCCCUACGAUAAAUCCACCACAGGCUCCUGACUCUGGAUCAAACAUUCGCAAGGUCAAAGAAGCUGUCAGACAGCAGACUCUCGGUCAUAAGUCGGCUAAUAAUCUGUUACAAGAAAAACGAUCCAAUCUCAAGAAGUUUGACGGUAAUUUGGAUGAAAAAAAGGAAACUGAUUUUCAAGGAGCAGAUGUAACAGUUGUGUGCAAUGAAAUACCCAGAGUUAUUCUUAAAAAUCGCAACGACGCGACAGUCAAUGACGGAGUAACCAACAAUAUUUCAAAAAUGAUUAAGGAAGGCCUCCCUUCACUGAAGAAAAUUGGAACACCAAUAGAGAAGAAUGGAAUUGUUCUCGGCAAGGUCGUAGAUGAUCCGACGUUGGUCAACUCCAUGUCGAAACGUCAGAUGGCACCCGAGAAGCAAGACACUCUCUCAAAUCCCCACACAAUGGAUAUCACUCCACCGCCUCCGCAGCCAACGCCACCACCGCCACCUACUCCGCCGGCACCACCGCCACCUCCUCCACGUCACCCUGCUCCAACAAUGCAAUCAUCGCCAAGAAUCUUUGCAAAAUCCAGCAACAUUUCUCAUCCGCCUUCUCCUAUUUCCAUGAUGGAUUUGGAGAAUCAGAAAACAAGACUGAAGACACCAAUCGCGAUGAAAAAAAGUGUCGUGACAAUGGAUGUACGAGAUAGCCUGAUGGCCGAAAUUCGAAAUGCAGGUGGACUACGAGCGCUUCGAAAGACAGCGGUCUCCACAAAUUAG